GCCCCGCCCCUGGCAGGGCCCGCUUCCCUCUUCGCCUCCCGCCAGAGGUGGCUAGGGCUUUGCACCCGGUGGCGUCUGAGAGAACUGUGGCGGCAGCGGAGCCAGCAGCGCAGGCGGGCGGAGAGGAGCGGAGCUGUCCGGCCCGGUGGCGGGCGAUGCCCCCGUGAGUCUCUGUCGCUGCCCCUCCCCGCCCCGCGUCCCUACCCCUUUGGAGUCCGCGCCCGCCUGGGGCCGGGCCGCGCCUACCGCCGGGUCCGCGGGGCGGGGUCCCGGGGCAGCACCUGCCUCGCCUUGCGAAGCCACUCAGCCAGUGGAACCCCGCUCCAGGCGUGGACCCCGGCCCCACCUCGGGACCUGGUCAUCACAUUUUCUCCUCCUGGAAGCCUGCCCUGAUUGCCUUUGCCUCGUUUCCUGGAGAUUGGUAUCUCAGCAGGAGUGAAGCUUUGUGCAAAUGCCCUAGGGGUGUGCUGCUGAGAGAGCACAGCCCCUUGGGAUGCGGAGCACCACAUUCAGACUCAGCAGCUCGAAUCGCCUGAAGCCCUGUUGCCCUUGGGACCAUGUUUAACGGGGAGCCUGGUCCAGCGUCGGCUGCGGCCUCCAGGAACGUGGUACGGAGCUCCAGCAUCAGUGGCGAGAUCUGUGGAUCCCAGCAAGCUGGGGGUGGGGCUGGGACCACCACAGCCAAGAAGCGGCGGAGCAGCCUGGGCGCCAAGAUGGUAGCUAUCGUUGGCCUGACCCAGUGGAGCAAAAGCACACUUCAGCUCCCUCAGCCCGAAGGGGCCACCAAGAAGCUGCGCAGCAACAUCCGACGGAGCACGGAGACGGGCAUUGCGGUGGAGAUGCGGAGCCGAGUCACCCGCCAAGGCAGCCGGGAGUCUACUGACGGAAGCACCAACAGCAACAGCUCCGAGGGCACGUUUAUUUUUCCUACACGGCUUGGAGCUGAAAGCCAGUUCAGUGAUUUUCUGGAUGGCCUGGGACCAGGCCAGAUUGUGGGACGACAGACAUUGGCAACACCCCCCAUGGGAGACGUGCAUAUUGCUGUCAUGGACAGGAGCGGCCAGCUAGAGGUGGAAGUGAUUGAAGCUCGGGGCCUGACCCCCAAACCAGGCUCCAAAUCCCUCCCAGCCACCUAUGUCAAGGCAUAUCUGCUGGAAAACGGGGCAUGCACAGCCAAGAAGAAGACAAAGGUGGCCAAGAAGACUUGCGACCCCUUGUACCAGCAGGCUCUGCUCUUUGAUGAGGGGCCCCAAGGCAAAGUUCUGCAGGUGAUCGUCUGGGGAGACUAUGGCCGCAUGGACCACAAGUGCUUCAUGGGUAUGGCCCAAAUCAUGCUGGACGAGCUGGACCUGAGUGCUGUGGUCACUGGCUGGUACAAACUCUUCCCCACGUCCUCUGUGGCUGACUCUACACUCGGAUCCCUCACCAGGCGCCUGUCCCAGUCCUCUUUGGAGAGUGCCACCAGUCCCUCAUGUCCCUAAGGACCUCAUUGAGGACAAGAGGCCAGGGGCUAUUGUGGGAACGGAGCUCGUUGGCCCCAUCUCUCCCUGUACAUAGUCUCCAUGUCUGUCUGCACCCCUCACCCUGCUGCAUGCCUGUUGGCCACUGGGCUUGUCCCAGCUGGCAGUGGAGACUGUAGUGUGUGUCUAUGUGUGUCUGUGUGGGUGUGUGUGUGUGUGCGCGUGUGCAAGACCACAUUAUUUCUGUCCAUUUGUCUGGGUAUAGUCAGUCCUGGUGGACUAUAGUCAGGAACCCAAAGGAGCGUCCUGGGGACACUUCUUGCCCCCUGGAGUCUCCUGGGGUGGAAAUAGGGAUGUGGCCAC